AUGGUCAACUGUUGUGUUCCGGGUUGUACAAAUUACUCGUCGAAGUCAAAAUCUUCAGGUGUUAGUUUCCACCUUAUUCCGAAAGACCCCUCACGUCAAAAGGCAUGGAUUGCUAGAAUACGGAGAGAAAAUCUACCUCCUCUCCAAUACUGUUACGCUUGCAGCGAGCACUUUGCUCCCGAUUGUUUUGAAUCGGACCUAAGACAGAAACUUACACCAUGGCAACCUUUAAAAAGGCGACUGAAGCGGGAUGCAGUACCAUCGAUCUUUUCAUUUGGCCCUCAACCCAGUAAAAAGCGUCUGUCUAGCGAGCAUCGUACAGAGAAACGUCAGGCUGAUCAAGACAAGGAGGAAGUUACUUUCAAAUGUUUUAGAACAAUGUUCCUCCACAAAUACAAAUGUUUCUUAGUGGUUGAGCCUGAAGCAAAUAACAGUUGUGAUUUGGAUGCGUCUGACAGUCCUGAAGCAUUGCCAACUAAUUAUUCCUCCACAAAUACAAAUGUUUCUUAG